AUUGACGUGUAAUUUUACAAAUGGCAGCUAGUCGAAAUGGAGGUGACAUAAUUUCACGAAAAUAACAACAAUUAAUCGACGGUUUCGUUCGUUUUUUUAUCAGUUUCUGCGGUUUUGAAAGCGCGUCCUUUCAAUUACCACCAAACAACGCGAAAAUCCAAGUCGCCCGUGACGGUACAUCCAGAUCAAUCGCAAAGAAACGCCCAGUCGAAUUCACCACCCGAAAGAAAUGGAAGAUAUUUUCCAGUGGUGCAAAGAGGGUAAUGCCCUUCAAGUGCGAGUAUGGCUAGACGAGCCCGAACACGACAUGAACCAAGGCGACGACCAUGGAUUCAGCCCACUCCACUGGGCAUCCAUGAAAGGAUACAACAAAAUCGUGGAAAUGCUCCUACUCAGAGGCGCCCGAGUAAACGCCACCAACAGAGGCGACGACACCCCUUUACACGUGGCCUCCGCCCACGGACACCGAGACAUCGUUAACAUGUUGUUGAGGCAAAGGGCCGACGUGAAUUUCACCAACGAACACGGCAACUCCCCGUUGCACUACGCCUGUUUCUGGGGCUACGAUACCAUAGCCGAGGAUUUGGUCCAUCACGGUGCUAAAGUCGCUAUAGCGAACAAAUACGGUCAAACGGCUCUGGAUAAAUGCAGAGGGAAUCUAGCCAAGGCGCUGCACGACCUCGCCGUCGAGGCCGGACAAGACCUAAAAACCAUCAAAUUCAAAGACCAAAGUUGGUUAGGUUUAAAAACUAGGAGUCGCGACGCCACUUUAUCUCGACACAAAGGCAUCAACAUCAAAGAGCUGGAGAUGAAACGAAAGAUAUCCGAUACUCACAGCGGUGUAACGUACAUCGGUAGAUGGCAGCACAACGAUAUCGUGGCGAAAAUAUUGAAAAUCCGCGACGUCACGUCGAGGAUAAGCCGAGAUUUCAACGAGGAGUUUCCCAAAUUGCGCAUAUUCUCCCAUCCCAACGUUCUGCCGGUGAUCGGUUGCUGUAACAGCCCCCCGCACUUGAUCGUAAUCAGCCAAUACCUCCCGUUAGGUUCGCUGUAUAACGUCCUACACGAAGGCAGCGGGGGUAUCGUGGUGGAUACAGCGCAAGCGUUGAAAUUCGCUAUAGAUAUCGCUAGAGGGAUGGCUUUUUUGCAUAGUUUAGAGCGCACAACGCCCGAGUACUUCCUCAACAGCCGGCACGUGAUGAUCGAUGAUGAUCUGACGGCUCGUCUGAGCAUGGCCGAUGCGAAGUUCAGCUUCCAGGAGAAGGGCAGGAUUUAUUAUCCUGCUUGGAUGUCGCCCGAGGCGUUGCAGAAGCGCGUGAACGAUCGAAACUGGGAGGCCUCGGAUAUGUGGAGCUAUGCAGUGUUGUUGUGGGAAUUGGCCACUAGAGAAGUACCGUUUGCGGAUCAGAGCCCCAUGGAGGUGGGCAUGAGGAUAGCUUUGGAGGGUCUGAGGAUCGGUAUCAAGCCGGGGAUAUCAUCGCACAUGACUAAGUUGAUUAAGAUUUGCAUGAACGAGGAUCCCGGUAAGAGGCCUACGUUCGAUAUGGUGUUGCCUAUAUUGGAGAGGAUGGUUCGUUGAGGAUUAAUAAUAAUGCUGGUAUAUUUUUGUAAUGCUAAAAUUUGUCUCGAACGAUCGAAUAAUAUUUAUUAAGUGCCUUCGAUGAUGCCUUUGGUUAGGAGUCCUAAUUGUAUUUGUUAACAGUACGCUUUAAGAAAGUAUGUAAUUUUUUUAAUAUGUUUAAUAUGUAUAUUUACACACUACUAGAGGUUAUUUUUUUGGAAUUUUGUAUUAAUUCGAUUUGUAUUAAUAAGCGAAGCGCAGAGAUGAUAUUUUCAUAUA